AUAAGAAGACCAAGGUCCAUCCAGUUCAGAAUGAGAGGGAUCAGAGACUGGGGACUUCCACUGUGGGGCUUGGCCUGUUUUUUGUGCUCGCCCAGCAUGGCCUCAGGUGCAGAAGACGUGCAGUGUAAUCCUGGUUGUAACCUAUUACAUGGUCGCUGUGAGUCAAGCGAAUGCAGGUGUGAUCCCGGCUGGGAGGGGGAGCUGUGUGAACGUUGUGUCCGUUCUCCGGGCUGUGUGCACGGCACCUGUCACCAACCCUGGCAAUGCAUCUGUCAGACUGACUGGGCUGGACGAUUCUGUGACAAGGACAUUCAUGCUUGCACCCACCAGCAGCCGUGCCAGAAUGGUGGGAGCUGCUUCGACACAGGCGAGGGCGAGCACUGGUGCUCGUGUCCGGAUGGUUUCUAUGGGAAGAACUGUGAGCUGCGGGCAGGACCCUGCACUAAGUCCAGGUCUCCCUGUAAGAAUGGUGGGACGUGCUUGGACCGGGACGGUUUUGCGGACACGCUCACCUGUCGUUGCUUGGCUGGCUUUGUGGGGCCGAGGUGCGAAGAGGACGUCGACGACUGCCUGAUGCGUCCAUGUGCCAAUGGUGCCACCUGCCGGGAUGGAGUGAACCGUUUCUCUUGCAUAUGCCCACAGGGCUUUGAAGGCCGCUUCUGCACCGUCAACUGGGACGAUUGUACCAGCGGUCCAUGCCAGAAUGGUGGUCGGUGCUAUGACCGGGUGGCCGACUUUGAUUGCGUCUGUCUUAAAGGCUACUCUGGGAAGACCUGCUCUUUACCUGUCCCUCAGUGGAGGAAGGAACGGCCAGCGCUGAGCCGCCGAGAUCCUGGGAUUACCAUUCCUCAGCCAGACCAUGCCACUCGGCAGGGAUUGGCAGCGUUACCCGCUGCCAGCCCCACACAGCCCGUGCGGGAACAGGAGAGGCUGCUGAAGGUGGAGGUGAAGGAGCUGCUGUCAGAACCCAGCUCAGCACUAGCCCACAGCCAGAUAGUCGGCCUGAGUGUGUUCGGGGCCCUGACGGCACUGCUGGUCUCAGUGACGGUCGUUGUGAUGCUCUUGUGCCGGCGGCAAGAAGAGCCCUCCCGCAAGCCCCCCCGAUCGGGAGAGAGGGGCCAAGCUGAGGGGGCCAUUAGCUUCCUACAACCCCCUGCUCCCGAGAGCAGGAAGGAGCUUUAUCUUGAUCUAAUGUAGCCACAAUGUUUGGGGCGCUGCCCUGCUGCCAAUGUGGACCCACGCCCCCUGGAGGGCAGGGAAGGAAGUCGCAAUGUAUACAAAGCACUUAAAUGCACAGAAAGUUUGCCCUGCUUGCUAUUCCCUGGUUAAGGGGAAAAGAGGAUGGAAAGCGACGGUGGGUGAACUGAGAGAGGGGCUGGCACCAACAUCAAGCAUCGAGCAGGCAAGAGAUGUUGCGACUUCUGGUAAAAUGGUCCAGAAUACUGCAAGCUGUACUGGUGUGACUCCAAGUGGAGGCAAGAGAGGAAGGAGAGAGUGGUCUGUAUCUAAUCUCCCCUACACCCAGCUGAAAGCUGCACACACAUGGAAGUCAGGUGAAGACAUCAGGUAAUAGCUUCCCUUUCCCUUCUCUCUAUGUCUAUGCCUCUUGGCUGGUCAGGAAUCAUAAGCCAAGUGAGAUAAGGCCUUUAGCUAACCAGUAAGAGUUUGCCCUUCUAUAUGGAACUAUUCUAAGCAGUACAACUGGAUCACAGCUGAUCCAAGUUCCUGCAUGUUUCAGUCAGCUCCCAGGGCUGUCAAUUAGACAGUCAGAAGCAACCAGAAUGUAUCUCUCUCUCUCUCUCUCUCUCUCACACACAUACUCUUUCGGCAUUCCUCGUGGGACCCUCCAGCACUCAGGAUGCCUCUCACUGUCCGGGAUGGCCUGAGAUGCAGGAACUUGAGGCCAAGCACCAACUCCACAAAGGAUAUACCGAAAAAAGGAUACUUUUCACACAAAGCAUAGUGGAAAUGUGGAACUCUCUCCCCCAAAAGACUGUGGA